AUGCUUCAUUUCUCGGCAGUGUCUGACGAGGACCACGAUUUCUCCCACCAGGCCGGUGGUGAUAACGCGUCCAAGACGUACCCGAUGGCUGCUGGCGCUCUGAAGAAGGGUGGCUACAUCUGCAUCAACCAGCGCCCGUGCAAGGUCAUCGACCUGUCCGUGUCGAAGACCGGCAAGCACGGCCACGCUAAGGUGAGCAUUGUCGCCACUGACAUUUUCACUGGCAACCGUCUCGAGGACCAGGCCCCGUCCACCCACAAUGUGGAGGUGCCGUUCGUGAAGACCUUCACGUACAGCGUGCUGGACAUCCAGCCCAACGAGGACCCCGCGCUCCCGUCUCACCUGUCCUUGAUGGACGACGAGGGUAACAGCCGCGAGGAUCUUGACAUGCCUCCGGAUCAGGCACUCGCUGCGAUGAUCAAGGAGCAGUUCGACGCCGGCAAGGAGGUGAUGGUCGUGGUUGUGUCUGCCAUGGGCAUCGAGCAGGUGCUGCAGACCAAGAACGUCCUGGUCGGGGAGAUUGGAAAUGAGGCUGUAUUGUAG